AUGGGCUACACCUCCUGCAUCUCCGUCGUCUCCGAAUCCUACGAGGAGCCCACCCGCGGCGCAUCCUCCGACCGCGCGGUCAAGAGAAGAAGACAUUCAACAUACCAGCCGUGGACAUGGAGCGCCGAGCGCGAGAACGGCCAGCUACUUCUCGAUCGCUUCCUUGCCGAUCUCGGCCGCCGCUUGGAGAUGAUGGAGACGUGCGGCCAUUUGAAGAUUGACGAGCGCGUCCGCGCGGCCCAGGCUAGCCUACAUGCUGUCCACGACCGCUGUGUCCACGUUUCGGAUGAUUUGAUGGAUGCUGGUCGGAGGAGGGCAAAGGUCAUGGUGGAAACACUGGAAUCGCAUUAUCAGGGAGCUAUUGCCACCAAGGAUACCCUCGAGCAGAAGGUGCAGGCGGGUGUGGGGCUCAUGGAAGCCGUGUGCUCAGAUCUGGAGAGGAGGGCGUAUGAUUUCCGGCAAGCUGGUAUCUCGGCUACAGCGAACGACAUGCUUGACUCCGGGAAAGCGUACAUGGAUGACGCAGCCACCAAGGCCGCGGAGAUGAUGUCCGAGGGGGCGGCUGCGGCACGACAAGCAAAGGAGAAGCUGCGAGUGCGGGUGGAGAGAGCGCUCUCACAGGCCAAGAAGACGGGCCUCAUCACUUACGACACGCUCCCCGAACCCUGGCGCGUCAACCCCCACAUUCUCUCCGGUUACCGCUUCUCCGAAACCAAGAUCGAAUGCCUGCGAUCCGGCUUCACCACCCUCAACAACGAGACGGUCAAUAUCUGGAGCCACGCCAUUGGCCUCAUCAUCGUCCUCGCCAUCGCCCUCUACGUCUACCCCUCCACCCCAGCCUUCAGCCAAGCCACGAAACUCGACAUCUUCUUCGCCGGCUGCUUCUUCUUCGCCGCCUGCAAGUGCCUCGUCUGCAGCACCAUCUGGCACGCCAUGAACUCCAUCUCCAACCAAACGCUCAUGGAGCGCUUCGCCUGCGUCGACUACACCGGCAUCUCCCUCCUCGUCGCCGCCUCCAUCAUGACCACCGAGUACACCGCCUUCUACUGCGAGCCCCGGAGCCGCUGGAUCUACAUCUCCGCCACCAUGGCCCUCGGCACAGCCGGCACCAUCCUCCCCUGGCACCCCACCUUCAACCGCGCCGACAUGAACUGGGCCCGCGUCGGCUUCUACUGCACCCUCGCCGCCACAGGCUUCGUGCCCGUGCUGCAACUCACCUAUCAGCGCGGCUGGGCCGCCACCGCCUUCUUCUACGCCCCCAUUUCGCGCUCCAUCCUCGUCUACCUCGGGGGAGCGCUGCUGUACGCCGCGAAACUGCCCGAGCGCUGCAAGCCGGGCUUCUUCGAUUACAUCGGCGGCAGCCAUAAUAUUUGGCAUUUGGCGGUGCUGGGCGGCAUCUUCUAUCAUUACGUCGCCAUGCAGAGUUUCUUCUCCGAGGCCUUUCGCCGCGCCGAGACGUCGUGUUCGCGGUAUUGA